GUUGAACUGGACUGCGGCUUUAACCUCGAUCGCCCGCAGGACUCGAACUCGAACUCGGGUUGUGACGGUGCAGCGUAUAAAUUCGACAUGUUACCGGUCAACCACACUACCACAAAUUUGUGGCUUUCACGGGGCGGAAGUGAAUUUUUUCGGCUGGAUUAUCGUUCGGGCAGAUGCGGAUUUCGUUUAGAAGCAGAGCUGCGAGCCUACCAGUAA